CAUAGUGUUGACAUGGAUUGCCAGGAUGAAACUUUGGUUCAAAAAGUCUGCGAGUUGUAUGAGCAAAUCUCAAGCCUUGAGAGCCUCAAGCCUUCCAAAGAUGUCAACACUAUCUUCACAAAACUUGUGCUCACAUGCAUGCCACCAAAUCCUAUUGAUGUAACCAAGCUGUGCAAAAAGGUGCAAGAAAUGAGGUCAAAGCUCAUUAGGCUUUGUGGUGAGGCUGAGGGACUUUUGGAGAGUCACUACUCUACCAUUUUAGGCUCAUAUGAAAACCCACUUGACCAUCUCAAUAUUUUUCCUUACUAUUCUAAUUACCUCAAGCUUAGCCUCCUUGAAUUCAAUAUCCUUAGCCAACACUACACCCAUGUCCCUAGCAAAAUUGCUUUUGUGGGCUCAGGUCCCCUUCCUCUUACCUCAAUUGUCUUGGCCUCCAAUCACCUUACCAACACCACCUUUCAUAACUAUGAUAUUGACCCUUUAGCCAAUUUACAGGCUAUUGGCUUAUUUUCAUCUGAUUCUGACAAAUCCAAAAGAAUGUUCUUCCAUACCAAUGAUAUAAUGAAUGAAACAAAUGCUCUUAAAGAUUAUGAAGUUGUUUUCUUGGCAGCUCUAGUUGGCAUGGACAAAGAGGACAAGGUUAAAUUUGUUGAUCAUUUGGCUAAGCACAUGACUCCAGGAGCUCUUUUGAUGCUGAGAAGCGCACAUGGGGCUCGUGCUUUUCUCUAUCUAGUGCUUGAUCCUAGUGAUCUUCAUGGAUUCGAGGUUCUUUCAGUGUUUCAUCCCGCCAAUGAGGUUAUUAGCUCGGUUGUCAUUGCACGUAAAUAUGCAAUGCCUGCAAACUCACUUGAGGAAGGUCUUGGCCCCAUUAUGCUGCCUAUCAAGUAA